GAAAAAAGAAUCUCUGGCCCACCACACUGCUCGCAAUGUUGUAUGAGCUGAUUGCGAUUGUUCGUCCGGGCAGUCUUAACGAAGUCCGAGAAAUCGCCCGCAAUGCAGGCCUCCAGGUCAUCCGCUCCGGCGGCGUAAUCCGUGGCUAUACGAAUUGGGGCACUUUCCGCCUACCGAGGCCAACUACGAAACAUCAAGCCCGAUACACUGAAGGACACCAUUUCAUCAUGCGCUUCGAUGCAUCGGGACCCGUUCAGAGCGCUGUCCGACGAACACUAGGCCUUGACCCCCGCAUGAUCCGGUUCUCUGUUGUGAAGCUGGGAGAUAAACUCGAGGAGAUCAAGGAUGUGCAAGGAAAGGUCGAGUGGAACAAUGUUCGCAAUAUUUCUGAGUCUAUCUGAUUGUUGUUGGGAUCCGUCUGUUUCUUUUUGUUUCUUUCUUUGUAUUUAGCCGGUGUAUUAUACAUGGGUUUUGGGGAAUGACUGUUUGUAUUACCCUUCGGCUUCACGGGUGCUUUUAUCUACGCCUUGUUGCUUUUGAAUGACUGGCCUUGUCUUGUUUGCACGAUCUAUGGUAACCCCAAUAGUGUCGAGCAGCGGGCUGGUGGCUGCGAGUCCAUCUAACGAUGUCACCCGUCUGCGGGUUCAUGUCUUGUAUGUCGGUCUUGUUCAGUCAAGGAAUGGCCUGCUCUACCGGUUUAUAUGGUUCCUGUGUAUUUGACGAAUCGUUCAAAUUGUGCUCUUAUUAUCUCCGAUUCUCCGGACAUGAUCUCGCUUGACUGGAUCUGUAAUAGCAUCCCUCGUUAUGUUAAGGAGAAAGGAAAGAGUCCACGGGUAGAUGAAGAGGUUGAGGGUGGGUAUAGGGAGAGAGGAAGAAACAAAUGAAUGAAAAAAAUAAAAUAUAGAGUUAGGAAUUAAGGGGGACAGGAAACGUG